AUGACUUCUCCUCAAUCUGAAUACUGCAACAUUGUUUUCAAUCAACUAUUUAAGACAGAAACAAAAGAAAUAUCACAGCCUAAAGUAGAUUUUGCUAAAAGUUCGGAUUCACAACAAAAUUUCGAAUUUAAUAAUUUAGAUCUCAUGACAUCAGCUUUAAUGGCUGUAUCAUCAUUACCUGAUGACAAUGAAGCAAAUAAAUUCACUACAAUACUCCAAACGAAUAUUAUGAAAAAAACAAAUUUGAUAACGGAUCGUUCUGAAUGGGAUAUACCAUUCAUCAUUUAUUUAAUGGACAAAAUACCGCAUUCCAUAAAUUAUUCCGAAAUUCCUCUCUCAUGUAUGCCAAUAAUAACAAUACUCUCACAACUUUACUCUCUUACAAUCUAUAAGAACAUGGAUCGAAUAAAUGCAAUUGUUAAUACGAUUUCCUACCAAGUAUCACACGAUUACUCUCAUAUUUCUCGACUUGUUUUUUCCGCCAUGUUAAAAAUGCAUAUUUUGCAGCCAACACAUGCAGAAUCGGUCACAAAUAAGUAUAUAGGAGUACUCUUCCGAUCAAUAUUCGAAUAUCUCUUCUUUAUUCCAAAUACUUCGAAAUUUUUCUUGAUUUCAACAACAGAAACAGCGGAAAAACAAGACUACAAGCAAAUAUUAUAUACAUACUUACACUCUACACUGCCAAAAUUCACUCUUUGCUAUCAAGUUCGAACAAAUGAAAAAUUUAUUUGGGAAGAUGCAGAAUUAGCAGACUUAUACUUACUAGCUAUUGAAUCUUUCCAAGAUUACGUAUUCCAACCUACAAAUUCAUUGCUCAAACUACCAGAUUUGUAUCUGAUCUACGCUUUUACACUUUCUAUUGGUCUGGAGCAUAAAAUUCACUUCACCACAUUCCAGAGCCACAUUAGAAUCCUCACAAAAAAUAUUCCGACCAAGAAAAAACUUACAGGUGCUUACAGCCAGUUGUGGAUAAUUUACAUGGCUGGUUUGCUGCAUACUUACAUGGUUACUGAUAGGAAUCAUACUUCCCAUAUAUAUCUUCAAGAAGAUGCCACUUCUUUCUCAAGAAAUAUUUAUAAUAAUUACGGAAUGAAGUUGCGAUGGGGAGAAUCCAUUGAUUCAUUCGAUAGUUGCUUCAAGGAGUACGGUCAUCACUUCGCUUAUACGAUUCUCGAAGAAUUUUCUGAGAUAGAAAAUCAAUUUGUUGAAUAUUCAAAGGUUUUAGCGAAGGAUACAGUUCAGUUCUAUCAGGAUAUCGUUAACAAUGUCGAUAUUAUCAACAAAUCCUAUGAAAAUUCAAAGAAUUUACUCAAAGAUGUCAAAAAACAAAUUAAACAGUCAGAACAACCUUCAAAUGUACCAGAACUUCAUUACAAACUAUUUAAUAGAGUUUAUCCUAAUAAUUUAAGAAAUAUAUUUGUAGAAGAUAAGAAAUUCAACGAAAAACAAGAAGAAAAACCAGCAGAUUACACAGAAUUUCUCAAACAAAGGGCUUCUCCAGUUGAAAAAGAGACAACAGAUCAAAGAAAAGACAAAAACAUCAAAUUAAGAAUUCCUGCUAAACUUGUGAAGCUAAACAAGGCAUACGAUGGUGUCUUUACUGUUACUAAUGAAGCCAUUCUCUUUGAUUACUCGAAAAAGUUAAGAAUAAUUUUAGAUGAUAUAAAUGGAGUUUAUUUCAGGACAUUUUUAUUAUUAAAUACCGCAAUUGAAGUAUUUACACGUGAUUAUCAUGCUUACUUCUUUGAUUUCGCUCCAGGAAACAGACAAUCAGUUAUUGAAGCGAUUUUAACUUCAAACAAUCGAAUUCCUUUUGUUCAGACAUCGGAUAAUGACAUAAAGAAGCGUAUUGUUGAUGUCCAAGAGAAAUGGUGCGGCGGACAAAUGACUAAUUUUGAUUAUAUCCUUAAUUUGAACAUUUUAGCCGGAAGAUCAUACAACGAUGUUUGCCAGUAUCCUAUUUUCCCAUGGGUUAUCAAGGAUUUCGACUCCCAAUCCUUGGAUCUCAAUGCAAUUGACACUUACAGAGAUUUGACCCAAAGAAUCCAAAAAUGUGACAUUUUUAUUUCGCCACAAUUUGUUUUGCGAAAUCUUGAUUUCAAAAACGAUUGUGAUAUUAACGAACUAUGGGAAUCCCAGAAAACAGAAUUAAUUCCUGAAUAUUUUUACAUGUCAGAAAUUUUGACAAACCAAAAAUUACCGAAAUGGGCACAAAACUCCUCAGAUUUCAUCACUAAAAACAGAAUGGCACUGGAAAGCCCUUAUGUCACAGCAAAACUCAAUAACUGGAUCGAUACAAUCUUCGGAAUAACAUCGAGAUUAAACACUGACCAAAUAUUUUUCGAAGAAGUUUUAACCGAGGAAGUAAAAAGUGACAAAGGGAAGUUGACUGAAAUUCAAGAGUUUAUUUCACAAAACGGACAAGGCUGUAAGAAGUUAUUUACAGAGAAACAUCCAUUCAAGAGGAUGAUCAAUCCACCGUUUACUCCUUGUCCAAGAACUAUUUCUGUUUUCUAUGAAUUUUCGAGUUCCCCUGUUUUAGUUUUGGACCAUUUCGACCAAAACACAGUUAGAGUUGUCUCCCAGGACUUAACUGUAAUGACGUACUCUUCGAAAUCUCUCUCUUUAACAAAGAACAAACUCGAAACUCGUUACCAAAUAAAACAAAACGAAUUUUCGACGGUUUGCCUAAAAAGUGACAAAAUUAUUUGGUCACUUCCCUUUGAUGCUGGUUUCAACGUUACAGAUAACAACAAUGAGACUAAACUGAUGCCGAGGAUACACAAUGACAUGGUUACUGCUAUUUCCGUUGACAAAAACAUUGUUUUAAUUGGAAAUUCAGAUAAAAAAGUGUCAAUUUGGAAAAAUGAAGAAUUUAUUUACGGAGAAGAUGCGCAUGACAGCAAAGUAACAUGUGUAUCAUUGCUAGUAGAGAAUGACAUGGCAGUUAGUUGUUCAAAGAAAGGAGAAAUCAUGUUGUCGAUGAUUUCUAAUGGAAAGAAAGUGAAAAAGAUUAAGGAGAACAAAGGAACUCCAAUAUUCUGUCGUAUGAUGCAUGGUGGAUAUGUAUUCGUUGCUUUUAAUAACGAGAAUAUGUCUUCUUUGGCUUUGUACGAUAUUAACUUGAAAUUAAUCACAUCUUUCGCAACGAAAGAGAAAUUUGAGUGCGUAAAUGUCUUCGAAUGGAAUGCUGGCUCGUCAUUUGCUGUUUUCACCCUUAAAAACAGUAAACUCGCUAUUGUUCAUAUGCCAAUGGGCAAAUUAGUUUGGUCUAAGGACUCUAUUGACUUCAAUGUGACGGCAAUAGAUUAUAUAGCUGAAUUUAAUCUUGUCUUGUUCGGAACAAAACAAGGAAAAGUAAUGACUUUAGCUCUUUUUGAUUGA